AUGUUCAAUUACUUGAAUGUUAUCCAAUUGAUCAUUAUAUCGAUUAACAUGUUCACUGGAUUGAUGAGAGCAGGUUUGACAAUAACUAGAAAGAAAAAUCCUAUAGAUAACUAUAUAUUUUUGAUGUUCUUUUUUGCAAUCCUUACUCUCACAGCAGAAAUCAUUAAUCUGUUUUUGUGCAAAUAAACUGUUGAGAUGCAUCUGGUCUGUGUUGGAACUUGGAUCACAUUUUCAUUGACACUACAAUAAUCAUUGGCAUUUAUGGCCAUACUGCAAUUCCUAACAUUUUUCCUUCUAUAAACCCAAUCAAAGGAGUUUCUUGAUGAGAUGAAGAAAUCUCAAAACUAAUUCAUAUUUUUUGCCAUACUUGCACCAAUCAUUUUUAACUUACUCAAUCUAUUUGUCCAUGAUUCCCAGUACAGAAUAUUUUACCCUCCGAACAACAGAUUUUAAGUGAUAGUCCUAUUUGCACCUUUAACCUUCCUGUUGAUUAUUAUAUCCAUUUUUACAGGGUUGUCAAUUAAAAUGCUCAGAACGAGUUCCUAAGAUUUAACAAUACAAUUUCGUAAAAAUUUCAUUAAAACACUCAAAGUAGCAUUAUUCACCCAAUUGAUAUGCUAUACCCCGUUUUUAUUGAUUGUGAUUGCAGCUCAAUUCACAAAUUAACUCAAUUUCUAUUAUAAUAUCCUCUUGGCGUUAAUCAACACCCAGAUAUUACAAUACAAUUAUUUAUUUGGCCUCAAUCCCUACAUACAAAAGAUCUAGGUUUUAAAGAUGUCAAAAUUGUUGGGCAUUGCUGCGUCUGAUAUUGAAGAAAGUGAAUAAUAUUCCUAUGCCCAUACCUAAACCUAGACAUUCACAGAAACUCAGUUAACCAACAAUGUUAGAAUUUCAGCUACUCCAUCAAAAGUGGCAGAAAUGGCAAUCUCUAGAGAUUCAUGCAACAUUAAAUCAUAAACGCAAAAGCAACCUAAAAUAUUAGGAUCCGAGAAGUAAAAAUUAACAACAGUGGAAAUGAAACAGAAAGCUAAAACCCAUGUAUCUAAUUGA